CACACGCCCCGCCUCCCCGCCUGGCAGAGGUGGCGCCUCCGGUCCCAGGGCGCUUAGCAGGCUGGGAGCUCUGAGCUAGGGUGUCUGGGGACCUGGGUGGGGGGGCCGGGCCAGGUGAGCGGAGUGCAGCGGGGUGGAGGGGGCCCUGGAGCCAGCUGCUAGACCUGGUAGCUAACUCCGCAGAGUUUAGAGUUGCGCUCAGGGUAGAGCCCUGCCUGGGUUUACCAAGGAACAGCCAUGUCUGUGCAGGUGGCAGCCCCGGGAAGCACAGGGCUGGGCCCAGAGCGCCUGAACCCCGAGGAGCUGGUGCGGCAGACGCGACAGGUAGUCCAGGGGCUGGAGGCCCUGCGGGCUGAGCACUACAGUCUCGCCGGGCACCUGGCCGAGGCCCUGGCUGGGCCGGGUCCCGUGGCCGGAGCGGAGCUGCUGGAGGAGAAGCAACAGGUGGUGAGCCACUCGCUGGAGGCCAUCGAGCUGGGGCUGGGCGAGGCCCAGGUGCUGCUGGCCCUGUCCGCACAUGUGGGUGUGCUAGAGGCUGAGAAGCAGAGGCUGCGGGCGCAGGCGCGGAGGCUAGCCCAGGAGAACACGUGGCUGAGAGAGGAGCUGGAGGAGACGCAGAGGCGACUGCGGGCCAGUGAGGAGGCUGUGGCCCAGCUGGAGGAGGAGAAGAGCCACCUCGAGUUCCUGGGUCAGCUGCGGCAGUAUGAUGCACCCGAGGAGAGCCAGAGGCCCGAGUCCCCCCCUCGCCGAGACAGCCUGGCUUCUCUGUUCCCCAGUGAAGAGGAGGAAAGGAAAGGUCCCGAGGCAGCUGGAGCUGCAGCAGCGCAGCAGGGUGGUUAUGAGAUCCCAGCUCGCCUGCGGACCCUGCACAACCUGGUGAUCCAGUACGCCGGCCAGGGCCGCUACGAGGUAGCGGUGCCCCUGUGUCGCCAGGCCUUGGAGGACCUGGAGCGGAGUUCGGGCCACUGCCAUCCUGACGUGGCCACUAUGCUUAACAUCCUGGCACUGGUAUACAGGGACCAGAACAAAUACAAGGAGGCCACGGACCUUCUUCACGACGCCCUACAAAUCCGGGAGCAGACACUGGGUCCUGAACAUCCCGCAGUGGCUGCUACCCUCAACAACCUGGCCGUCCUCUAUGGGAAACGUGGCCGUUACCGGGAGGCAGAGCCCCUAUGCCAACGUGCCCUGGAGAUCCGUGAGAAGGUCCUGGGAGCCGACCACCCUGAUGUGGCCAAGCAGCUCAACAACCUGGCCUUGCUCUGCCAGAACCAGGGCAAGUUCCAGGAUGUGGAACGGCACUAUGCGCGGGCCCUGAGCAUCUACGAGGCCCUGGGGGGGCCUCACGACACCAACGUAGCCAAGACCAAGAACAACCUGGCCUCGGCCUACCUGAAACAGAACAAGUACCAGCAGGCAGAGGAGCUGUACAAGGAGAUCCUCAGCCAGGAGGCUCUGCCCGCCCCACUUGGAGCCCCCCAUGCAGGCACAGCUGGUGACGCUCAGCAGCAGGUCCUGCGUAGGAGCAGCUCCUUCUCCAAGUUCCGCGAGUCCAUCCGGCGGGGCAGUGAGAGGCUGGUCUCCCGCCUCCGAGGGGAGAGCGCGGCUGCCGGGAUGAAAAGGGCCGUAUCACUCAACAUGCUCAACAUGGACGGUCCACGGGCUGCCAGGACGCAGGUGAGGGCCAGUGGCGGAGCGGGAGCUGCCGGCGGGCUCAGCAACUGGGGAAGGGGGGGCUUCCUCCUGGGGACUCAGGAUAGGGGUGAGUGGCGGGCAGGAGAUGGCACGGCCCCAGUGUCAGCUGGGAAGGACCCCAACCACUGCUGUGCCCGCCCCCAGCUCUCGACGCGGCACCUGAGUGAGGCCCCUCGGACCCUCAGCGCCAGCACCCAGGACUUGAGCCCGCGCUAAGUGGACUGGCUGCAGUGGCCGCCGCUGCUCAGGAAGCGGGGAAGCGGGGUGGGUGGCACCUGUGGACCGGGAUCCUGCUGUCCCCUCCCUGUGAUUAAAGGCUGCACACUGGA